UGAACAGUCACACACAUUUUUCAGCGACGAGCUGCGGAUACAUUUUCAAACCUUGGGACUGAUAUUGAGAAGGUGGAGAUGGCUGGCGGCCGCGGACACGAAGAGCUGUUUGACAGUAUUUUCCUCGCGGAUGAAAGAAGGAGAAGAACAGUAAAUAUUGACAACUAGAAAUGAAAGAGUUUGAAAAUGUUCCGAGGGGUGGGCUACAAGGAGGGAUUUGAAAGAGGAAAAUGCAGAGGAUUGCAGGAGGGCCACAGACAUGGGGCCUCUCAUGGCGCCAAGUUGUCAAUUGAGAUGUCCUUCUAUUAUGGGUUUGCCAUCACAUGGAAGUGCCUUCUCCAAAAUAAAACGGAAAUCAAAUCAAGAAAGCGUAUAAAAACUCUGGAGACUCUCUUGGGUUUAAUCCAAAACUCUUCUCACAAUGAUCCACAGUCUGCAACACUACAGGAGGAAUUGGAGAAGCUUCGGGCCAAGUUCAGACAGGUCUGCUCUAUGUUGAAUGUCCCAACUGACUUCAAGGAUCACAUCAAAACCUCCCAGGGGACCUCUUUCUGAAUCACUCUUGAUCGUGAUGAUGAAGAGGAGGAGCUGAGAGGACACCUGCAAUCCGGAUAGGGGAGGAUCAGGAUGAGCUGCUCUCAGUCAGCAGUCCUGCUGUUCCUCUCACAGGAGGCAGCAGCAGGUGACUGGUCUGUGGUACCUUUAUUGUGUAAGGCAGUGACAGCAAGGGAUUGGUCUCUGCUCUCAGGUUCUGGUGACAUUUACUCGAACAGUAAGAAGAGAUGACUGUUUUUAUCUGUAGAGGGAAUCUUUUGUUAAAAGACUGGAUUAAUUGCAGUGGCUCAGUGUGUUACAGGACCUGAAUUGAGAACCUGUUAAUGUAAUAAACCGACUGCACGACAUUGAGUUGUUUUCAACACAAUUUCUUCUUUGAUGUCCAUUUACCGAGAUUUGCCUUGAUGGAACUUCCAAUACUUUUCAAUUGUGUAGGAUUACAAUAUGUUUUCUUUGAGGUACUUUUUUGAGGUACAUUUUUUUAAAAUGUUUGUUCUUAAAUUGUUUGAUCAAAUGAUGUCAUCAAGAAGAAAAUGAGUCCUUACAUUAAUAAAGAAUUUUUCAUCUAC